AUGAUUGCGCCGAAAUUAACUAGUUGUAACGGUGUUGGGAUACUAUUACUUCCCGCGCAAGUUGCAGCCCUGAGACCAUCACUGACCAAGGGCAGUAGGUGUGCUUCCACUUCAACCAGAUUAUGGCUACCUCAGGCAAACUUCGAGAAGAAAGGGAUACAGGAGAAGAGACAAUCGACAUUCACUGACAGAAGCCAUCUCAAACAUGCCAGAAGGUUAGUCGUGAAGCUAGGAAGCGCAGUUAUCACAAGAGAGGAUGAACACGGCUUAGCUCUGGGAAGAUUGGCGUCCAUCGUCGAACAGGUAGCAGAGUGUCAGAAUGAGGGAAGAGAGUGUAUUAUGGUGACCAGUGGUGCAGUGGCCUUUGGAAAACAGAAACUAACUCAAGAACUCCUUAUGUCUCUCUCUAUGAGGGAAACAUUAUCACCCACAGAUCAUAAAAGGGAGGAUGCGUCAAAAAUCCUGGAACCCCGAGCAGCGGCCGCCAUUGGCCAAUCGGGCCUCAUGUCCCUCUACGACGCCAUGUUCUCCCAAUAUGGCGUCAAGAUCGCCCAAGUGCUGGUUACCAAACCGGACUUCUACAACGAGGAAACCAGGAAGAACCUCAUCAGCACCUUGUCCGAGUUGAUCAGCCUCAAUAUUGUCCCCAUAAUCAACACCAACGAUGCCGUGUCACCUCCUCCUCAGGUGGAUGAACCGAUAGGUGGCAAAGGUGGCAAACGCGGCAUAGCCAUCAAGGACAACGACAGCCUGGCGGCCAUGUUGGCGGCCGAGGUGCAGUCCGACCUCCUCAUCCUCAUGUCCGACGUAGACGGCAUCUACAGCAAGCCACCCUGGGAGGAGGGCGCCAAAUUCCUGGACACUUUCACCUCCGACUUGCGGCACACGAUCGAGUUCGGCCAGAAGUCCAAGGUCGGCACAGGUGGAAUGGAUUCCAAAGUAAACUCGGCCACAUGGGCACUAGACAGGGGCGUUUCUGUAGUCAUUUGUAACGGGAUGUUGGAUAACGCCAUCAAAACUAUACUUUCCGGAAGAAAAGUAGGAACGUUUUUCACUGAAAACACUCUGGGAGGCGGUGUUUCAACUGAAUCGUUAGCAGAAAAUGCUCGUACAGGCGGUCGAAUACUAGCUACAAUCACUCCUGAACAACGAGCAUCUUGCGUCCACACGUUAGCUGAACUCCUCAUCUCGAGACAAUCUGAUAUUCUGGAUGCCAAUCAGAGGGAUCUCCAGGAAGCCACCAAAUCCGGGCUGGCCAAGCCUUUGCUCUCCAGACUGUCAUUGACACCUGCCAAACUGAGAAACCUUGCUGUAGGAUUGAAGCAAAUCGCAGACAGCAGUCACAAAAAUGUCGGAAGGGUUUUGAGAAAGACGAGACUAGCAGACGGUCUGGAACUGAAACAAAUAACCGUCCCCAUCGGGGUGCUGAUGGUGAUUUUCGAAUCAAGGCCCGAUUCGCUGCCUCAAGUGGCGGCUCUGGCGAUCGCCUCAGGUAACGGUCUCCUGCUCAAGGGUGGAAAAGAAGCCGCGCACAGCAACAAAGCUUUGAUGGAACUGGUGAAGGAAUCUCUAGCUACUAUUGGGGCUACGAAUGCCAUUUCUUUGGUAUCGACUAGAGAAGAAAUUGGCGAUCUGUUAUCCAUGGAGCAACACAUAGAUCUGAUCAUACCACGAGGUAGCGGUGAACUUGUUCGCAGUAUUCAAGAUCAAAGUAAACACAUUCCAGUUAUGGGACAUGCAGAAGGUAUUUGCCACGUUUACGUUGACAAGGAUGCAGACUUGCAGAAGGCCUUGAAAAUCAUCCGCGACUCAAAGUGUGAUUAUCCAGCAGCCUGCAACGCCAUGGAAACUCUUCUGAUUCAUCAAGAUCUCAUGGAAGGCGACUUCUUCUCGGACGUGUGCAACAUGAUGAAGAAAGAGGGCGUCACGAUCAACGCAGGACCGGCUCUCAACCGACUGCUCACUUUCGGGCCCCCGCCCGCCAAAACGAUGAAGCUAGAGUACGGCUCUCUGGAGUGCUGCAUCGAGAUAGUGAAGAACGUGGACGAAGCCAUCAACCACAUCCACGCGUUCGGCAGUGGACACACUGACGUCAUCGUCACCGAGAACAGAGAGAUCGCGUCGAGCUUCCAGAAACGCGUCGACAGCGCAUGCGUGUUCCACAACGCCAGUUCCCGAUUCGCCGACGGCUUCCGAUUCGGCCUGGGGGCCGAGGUGGGUAUCAGCACGGCGCGCAUCCACGCCAGGGGCCCUGUAGGGGUAGAGGGGCUACUGACCACCAAGUGGGUUCUGGAUGGGGUGGACCAUGCUGCGGCCGAUUUCGCUGAGGGAGGCGGCAGGAACUGGCUGCACGAGACGCUGCCCUUGGAUUGA